AUGGCUUCACAUCGAGAAGGGGUUAACCCCUUGCGCCCUUACUACAAACCACCGACAAUAGGCGAGGUUCAUGAUCCGACACCUGCACCUGCGAAUCCCUUCUCCAGCAAUGCGCCAUCGGGUGAUCGUUACGCGUCCAAGGCGCGUGACAUGUUCAACGACAUGGACUACAAGGACUACAUCGGCGACCCGUCACCCUCUGCUGUCCAGACGGUCAAGGAAAUUAUUGACGAGCUGUUAUGGAAAUACACAUCGGUUCUGAUGGCCCAACCUUUCGAGGUCGCCAAAACCGUACUUCAGGUCAGGAGCAACGACGACAUUGUUCUCAACGGUGCCACCCCGGUUUCGACGCCCCUUGCCACCAGGAGGAUAUCCAACUAUGGAGACGAGGAAUUGUUGCAAGACGACCACGCAUCCGACUCGGAUCCCGACGAGCCCGCCUACUUCACGUCGAAUGUCCAGGAAACGCCUACACCCGCCCACCGAGGCCGACGGAACCGUCAGGACUCUUCGUCGCUCCCGUCGCCACGGCCGUCAUUCAAGGGCUCUGCGGCAGCUACGCAGCUCAACAUUCGUCUGCCCGAUUCUGUGACCGAGGUCAUCGGCCAGCUGUGGCAGAAGGAGGGUGCUUGGGGCGUAUGGAAAGGCUCCAAUGCUACCUUUCUCUACACGGUUCUUUCCUCGCUGUUAGAGAACUGGUCUAGGAGUGCUCUGAGCGCGCUGUUCAAUGUUCCCGAUCUCGGCGUCAAAGACGAUAUCGAGAGGAUGAUCGACAUUGCAUCGCCUUAUCCCUGGGCCUCGCUCGGUGUGGCGGCGGCAGCGGCCGUGGCGACGGGCUUGAUGCUCGCGCCGCUGGAUUUGGUCCGCACGCGGCUUCUCCUGACCCCGAUAUCGAGAGGUUCAAGGCGGACCCUGUCCACUCUCCGCGCUCUCCCGUCCUACCUCUGCGCUCCUGUGCUUGUGCUCCCUACCAUCUUCCACUCACUCAUCCACCCUCUCCUGACGCUGUCGACUCCUCUUGUGCUUCGCACUCGCUUCAUGAUUGAUAGUCAGGUCUCUCCGACGACAUUUUCCAUCGCCAAGUUUUGUGCUUCCUCGGCGGCGCUGUUCGCCAAGCUCCCCCUUGAGACUGUCCUCCGCCGCGGCCAGGUGGCCAUCUUGUCGAGCGCGCCGUACAUGCGGGCGCUGGAACCCCGGGAGGUCAAGCUCGAGACAGUUGUGCCGGCGGGCCGGUAUGCUGGUGUGACGGGAACGAUGCUGCACAUCAUGCAUGAGGAAGGCUCCCGCGCUGUGGCCAACAAGCCGACAACCGCUAGAACCGGCAAGGCGAAGAACAAGGCCAGAGUCGCAGAGACGGUCUACCACAAGGGCCAGGGCGCCGAGGGCCUCUGGCGCGGAUGGAAAGUCAGCUGGUGGGGGCUCGUCGGGCUCUGGGCGGCCGGUGUCAUCGGCAACAGCGCUGAAGGUGAAUUCUGA